GAGGAUUUCGCGGGGCCUGCCUAGGUUUCUCUGCCUAAUUUUUUUUCGCCCUCUACGGGGGCCCUCGAGCUCGUUGCAGCAUCGUAGUUUAGUCACACUUUUUUUUGGACCAGCCUGCAGUAGGCAGUUUGCAUUUUUGUCCAUUUUUUUUUGGCUCGACGUUCCCUCCCUGAUUUUUCCCCCGGCGUAUAAAAAGGAAAUGGGAUCUUCCUCUUCUCCAACUGAAGAAACCUUUCCUCUCUCCUACUCCAACCGAUUUUCAAACGAAUCAAUCAAUCCUUUAAAUAAUGGCUGAUCGCGGGGACAUCAACUCCAUUAGAAGGGACUCUCUUCUUGCUGGUCAGAAGACUAACAAGAUCCUCGUUGCUAACAGAGGUGAGAUUCCUAUCAGAAUCUUCAGAACAGCCCAUGAGUUGUCCAUGCUUACUGUUGCCAUCUACUCCCAUGAGGACAGACUGAGUGCUCACAGACUUAAAGCCGAUGAGGCGUACCCAAUUGGUGAGAAGGGCCAAUACUCUCCAGUGCAGGCGUACCUUCAAAUCGAUGAGAUUAUCAAGAUUGCUAAGGAACACAACGUUGACAUGAUCCAUCCAGGUUACGGUUUCCUCUCUGAGAACUCUGAGUUUGCACAAAAGGUUGUCGAUGCCGGUAUCACUUGGAUUGGUCCAACAGCAAAGAUCAUUGAUUCUGUCGGUGACAAGGUGAGUGCGCGUAACUUGGCUGCUGCUGCUAACGUGCCGGUGGUUCCAGGUACUGAUGGUCCAAUUGACUCUGUCGAAGAAGCGGAGGAAUUCGUUGCCAAGUACGGCUUCCCAGUUAUCAUCAAGGCUGCCUUCGGUGGUGGUGGUCGUGGUAUGAGAGUUGUUAGAGAGGGUGACGACAUUGGUGAUGCCUUCCAGAGAGCCAGAUCCGAGGCGCUGACCGCUUUCGGUAACGGUACCUGUUUCAUUGAGAGAUUCCUCGACAAGCCAAAGCACAUUGAAGUCCAAUUGCUCGCUGAUAACCACGGUAACGUCAUUCACUUGUUCGAGAGAGACUGUUCUGUGCAAAGAAGACACCAAAAGGUGGUUGAGGUUGCCCCAGCAAAGACCUUGCCACGUGAGGUUCGUGAUGCUAUCUUGACCGACGCUGUCAAGUUGGCAAAGACCGCCAACUACAGAAACGCUGGUACCGCAGAGUUCCUCGUUGACAACCAAAACAGACACUACUUCAUUGAGAUUAACCCAAGAAUUCAAGUUGAGCAUACCAUUACUGAAGAGAUUACCGGUAUCGACAUUGUCGCUGCUCAAAUCCAAAUUGCUGCCGGUGCUACUUUGGAGGAGUUGGGUCUCUUGCAAGACAAGAUCACAACCAGAGGUUUCGCCAUUCAAUGUCGUAUCACCACUGAAGAUCCAUCAAAGAACUUCCAGCCAGAUACAGGUAAGAUUGAGGUUUACCGUUCUGCUGGUGGUAACGGUGUUAGAUUGGAUGGUGGUAACGGUUUCGCUGGUGCUGUCAUCUCCCCACACUACGAUUCCAUGCUUGUCAAGUGUUCCUGUUCCGGUUCUACUUAUGAGAUUGCCAGAAGAAAAAUGUUGAGAGCUUUGAUCGAAUUCAGAAUCAGAGGUGUUAAGACCAACAUUCCAUUCUUGCUCACCUUGUUGACCAACGAGGUCUUUAUCAGCGGUGACUACUGGACAACUUUCAUCGAUGACACACCAGCUCUUUUCGAGAUGGUUUCCUCCCAAAACAGAGCCCAGAAGCUUUUGGCUUACUUGGCAGACUUGGCCGUCAACGGUUCCUCUAUCAAGGGUCAAGUUGGUUUACCAAAGUUGCAAAAGGAUCCAGAUGUUCCAGUUAUCCACGAUUCUAAGGGUAACGUUAUCGAUGUUAGAACUCCUCCACCAAAGGGUUGGAGAGAUGUCUUGCUCGAGGAAGGUCCAGAAGGUUUCGCAAAGAAGGUUCGUGCUUUCAAUGGUACCUUGAUUAUGGACACUACAUGGAGAGAUGCCCACCAAUCUCUUUUGGCUACCAGAUUGAGAACUUACGAUUUGCUUGCUAUUGCUCCAACCACUGCCCACGGUUACGCUGGCGCCUUUGCCCUUGAGUGUUGGGGUGGUGCUACUUUUGAUGUCUCCAUGAGAUUCUUGCACGAAGACCCAUGGGACAGAUUGAGAAAGAUGAGAAAGCUUGUUCCAAACAUUCCAUUCCAAAUGCUUUUGAGAGGUGCUAACGGUGUCGCUUACUCUUCUUUGCCAGAUAACGCUAUUGACCACUUUGUCAAGCAAGCCAAGGACAAUGGUGUUGAUAUCUUCAGAGUCUUUGAUGCUCUGAACGACUUGGAGCAAUUGAAGGUUGGUGUCGAGGCUGUUAAGAAGGCUGGUGGUGUUGUUGAGGCCACUGUCUGUUACUCUGGUGACAUGUUGCAACCAGGUAAGAAGUACAACUUGGAGUACUACUUGACUGUUGCUGACGCUAUUGUUAAGGCUGGUACCCACAUCUUGGGUAUUAAAGAUAUGGCUGGUACAUUGAAACCACAAGCUGCCAAGAUCUUGAUUGGUGCUUUGAGAGAGAAAUACCCAGACUUGCCAAUCCACGUCCACACCCACGACUCUGCUGGUACCGGUGUUGCUUCCAUGGCUGCCUGUGCAAGAGCUGGUGCCGAUGUUGUUGACGUUGCUUCCAACUCCUUGUCUGGUUUGACGUCUCAACCAUCUGUCUCUGCUUUGUUGGCUUCUCUUGACGGUGAAAUCGACACCAACAUUUCUGAGAGUGCUGCCAGAGAGAUUGACUCCUACUGGGCUGAGAUUAGACUGUUGUACUCUGUUUUCGAGGCCGACUUGAAGGGUCCAGAUCCAGAAGUUUACCUCCAUGAGAUCCCAGGUGGUCAGCUUACUAACUUGCUUUUCCAAGCCCAACAGGUUGGUCUUGGUGAGAAGUGGAUUGAGACCAAGAAGGCUUACAGAGAGGCUAACCUCUUGCUUGGUGACUUGGUUAAGGUUACUCCAACCUCUAAGGUUGUGGGUGACUUGGCUCAAUUCAUGGUUUCUAACAAGUUGACUUCUGAGGAUGUCAAGAGAUUGGCCAACUCCUUGGACUUCCCAGACUCUGUCUUGGACUUCUUUGAGGGUUUGAUUGGUCAACCAUAUGGUGGUUUCCCAGAGCCAUUGAGAUCCGAUGUCUUGAGAGGUAAGAGAAGAAAAUUGGAUGUCAGACCAGGUUUGGAAUUGGCGCCAUUUGACUUUGCCAAGAUCAAGGAGGACUUGUCUUCCAGAUUCAACAAGAUCACCGAGUGUGACAUUGCAUCUUACAACAUGUAUCCAAAGGUUUACGAAGACUUUAGAAAGAUCCAGGAGCAAUACGGUGAUUUGUCCCUAUUGCCAACCAGAAACUUCUUGGCUCCACCAAAGGUUGGUGAGGAAAUCACCGUCCACAUCGAACAAGGUAAGACUUUGAUCAUCAAGUGUACUGCCGUUGGUGAGUUGCACGCUGAGACCGGUACUAGAGAGGUUUACUUUGAGUUGAACGGUGAGUUGCGUAAGGUUACUGUCAACGAUAAGACCUCCAAGGUUGAGGUUGUCUCUAGGCCAAAGGCUGAUGCUCAUAACGACAACCAAGUUGGUUCCCCAAUGGCUGGUGUCCUUGUCGAAGUCAAGGUCCACAAGGGCUCUGCCGUGAAGAAGGGUGAGCCAUUGGCCGUCUUGAGUGCUAUGAAGAUGGAGAUGGUUAUCUCCGCUCCAGUUGCUGGUUUGGUUGCUGAUGUGUUGGUCAAGGAGGGUGACAACGUUGACGCUUCUGAUCUUUUGGUUGUCAUUGAACCAGAAGCUAAGGAGGAAGAGGCUUGAGUUAUAUAUACCUUUGUUUUGAAUUUGUUAUUCCGGUGUGGGUGUUUUCUAUUUGUUGUCGCAACGAC